AGAGAGAGAGAGAGAGAGAGAGAGAGAGGGACGGCGCUGGUAACAGAGACGGCGCGAGCGCGAGGCACUCACUCGUAGCCCAAAACCCAACAUGGACGGGUGGCUACCUGGCAGGGACUUGUGACGCUGCUUUAAGAAUGCCACCUCUGAGCCACAGUCGUGUUCUGCUUCUGCUGCUGCUUUUCUCGAGCAGCGCCGGCACAUCUUUCGCUAAAUCCUUGUCGCAGGAGGGCACGCUGGCGGUAUUGAUAAGAGUCCAAGUUUACGACAACAGCGACCUGUCCCCUUUAGCCAGUGCUUCUGUAGACGUUUAUGGAAACCAGUCUGCCUUGGCAUCUGGAACAGCAGGAGCCGAUGGAGUGGUCAUGAUUACCUUCCCGUAUCACCCGGGGACGUGGGUCCUUGUGACUGCUUCUAAGCAUGGAUUUGUGACCAACUCCGCCCCCUGGCAUGCCAACCGAAUUCCCUUGUAUGCCUCGGUGAGCCUCUACCUUCUCCCUCAGAGGCCAGCGACUCUAAUUCUCUUUGAUGAUGUUGUUCAAGUUCUCCUGGGCGCUCCUGGUUCGAGGAACCAGCCAUGGAUCCAGUUCCAGAGGAAGACGGUUCGCCUGCCACCAAACUCCACUUACACCGAGUUGUCAGCAGUCCUGACCACGGCUAAAAGUGAAUAUGAGAUCGGGGGCUUCCCCUACUUGAUCGGACUAGAGGGCAAUGGGACAGGUUUGAACAGCAGCUGGCUGGAUUUGACCCCCGUAGCUGCACUCAGUGCUCACGUGUUCACACGUAACGGCACAACGGUCCAAGUGUCGGGGCCCAUCCAUAUCUCAGUCCCACUUCCCGGUGACAGUCCUGUAAGAGCCAGCACUACCAUCCCGGCUUGGUGGUUCGACUCUAAGACAGGGAUCUGGAUCAGGAAUGGAACGGGAUACAUUAAGAAGGAAGGAACGCAUCUGACAUGGAGCUUCAUCGCCCCACAGCUUGGCUACUGGGUCGCCGCUGUCUCUACCGGAGCUGGAGGUAUGCCACUGAACACCUCAGGACUUCGUGACGUUACCACCUACCACACCAUAUUCCUGCUUGCCAUCCUGGGGUCAAUGGCUCUCCUCGUCCUCAUCCUGCUCUGCUUACUUCUCUAUUACUGCAGGAGGAGAUGUCUCAAACCCCGGCAGCAGCACCGUAAAAUGCAGGUAUCCGCCACCCUCGACCCCUCAAAGAAAGAUCAGUGCACGUCGACCUCGCACAUCAACCUGAUCAGCGGCGGCCACAUCGAGACGGCCUCGUCCAACGGGGACAUGGACACCCACACGCCUAUCCUCAAGUCGGGCUUUUCCAAUUCGCAGGACUUUGAGAGUUCUCGGGAGGAGUUCUUCAAGCAGAUCCCCACUCACAAAAUCAGGCAUUGCAAAGUGAACACGGACACCGUCACGCGGAGAGGGGUCUUCAGAGACGAGCGGCAGAAAAUCAUCGAGAGCUUCCCCAUGAAAGUCGCGCGCACCCUCGACCCUUCCGGUUCUGAUCACCCCUUGCUGGACGACUACAGAAGAAGUUACAGCUCUAUGGCAUCCCAACAGACGAUGGAGGACAAGAGUACAGAGACCCUCCAUCGGCACAUCGUCAACGACAACAAGGCCUUCACGCAAGACCCGCCGUCUCCUCCUCCGCUGCCGCCGCCCUUCGAUAAUUACCAGGGACACAAGGGAGACGGCCGGCCACCAGACUUCACCAUGUCUCAGUCCGUCGAUCAUUUGGCACGACCGACAUCCUUGUCUCAUCCCGGUCAGCUAAUAUUCUGUGGAUCAAUUGACCACAUGAAAGACAAUAUGUAUAGAAAAAUGAUGCCAACGCUGGUCAUACCAGCUAAUUAUAUAAGACUGACCUCUGAAUACCCAGAGCAGGCAGUGGGGAUGACGAUGGACCAGCAGCAAGAGAUGGAAGGAAUACAAGUGCAGGUUGGCAUGUCCAUGGCUCACGGUCUGACUCCACAACAGCAGCAGCAGAUGCAACAUCAGGCGAGUCAUUCGAAUGAAGACCCCGAAGGCCGGGGAUGGGCACCUCAUCCGUCUACUGGGCCUGUUCGCAUUCCCGUGCUCUUUAACGAUUCCACAAUGGCUCAGAUGAACGGAGAACUUCAAACGCUGACAGAGAAGAAACUCUUGGAGCUUGGCGUCAAACCGCAUCCGAGGGCCUGGUUCGUGUCCCUGGAUGGCCGGUCCAAUUCGCACGUCAGGCACUCCUACAUUGACCUCCAGGGAAACGAGCGCAGCCGCAGCAAUGACGCCAGUCUGGAUUCGGGCGUAGAUGUGAAUGAGGUCAAACCCCAGAGAAGAAUCAAAGAAGAGCGAGAUAGACACGGCCAUGGAAGCAUGGCCUACUCAAAGCUGGCCUACAUGGACGACACGGAGCAAAGCAGCAGUGAGAGUAGGACAGCAGUUUGUUCCCCCGAGGAUAACUCCUUAACUCCUCUCCUGGACGAAAGUCUAGAGGCUCGAGGAGCCACCAUCCCCAGGAGAGGGCGCAGCCGGGGCAACAGUUCCAGGAGCAGUAACAGCGAGAUCCGAAGAGAUUCAAUGACCAGCCCAGAAGAUGAAAUGAACGACCAGUCGGAAGGGGGAGACGACCAGGGAGAAAAUAAGAAAAGCCCCUGGCAAAAACGAGAAGAACGGCCGCUCAUGGUCUUCAACGUCAAGUAGAUUUCUCCCUGCUUUCGAAAAAAAAAAAAAAAAAAA